CCAGAAUGGGCCAGACGUUCACGUCUACCGUAGGCACCAUUGAAGUCAAACCUGACCAAGUCAGGUACAUUGACGAUAUUAAGCGGAACGGACACGUAUUCAGCGACGGAUGUGGUAAAAUCUCUCACAGUCUAGCUGAGAAGGCGAUAAAAAGGUAUUGGGACAAGCGAGAUGUUAUAGAUAAGGAAAUUCCGUCGGUAUAUCAAAUAAGAUUCCGUGGAUGUAAGGGCGUUGUCGCCAUUGAUAAGGAGUUGGAAGGAGAUGUUCUCUGUAUACGACCGAGCCAAAGAAAAUUCGAAUCGUACGAAUUGUAUACUCUAGAAAUAGCGAAAACGGUGAAAGCCCCUCAGCAGGGACAUUUGAAUAGGCAGAUCAUAUUGCUUUUAUCGAACCUCAAAAUCCCCGAUAGUGCGUUUCUAGAACUACAGAACAAUCACCAGUCUUUCAUCGAAUCUAUGAUGCAGGAUUCGAAACGCGCUGCAGAAGUGAUUCGCCAGACCAGUAGGGACAGGUCACACCAAACAAGGACAAUAUUAGAAAUGCUCAAAGCGGGAUUGAUGGAUGAAGAAGAGCCAUUUCUAGAAGCAAUGCUCGAAGUAAAAAAACUAUUUACGUUAAAAGAUUUAAAAAAUAAAGCCCGAAUCAAGGUACCAUCGACGUUCCUUUUAAUGGGAGUGAUGGAUGAAACCGGGAUCUUGGAACCCGACCAGAUAUACGUGCAAACGUCGACUAUAAUGUCAGAGCACCAAAGGGGAAAAAAAAGUGCGAAGGGAACACCGUGCGACAUAUCUGUAUUAUGGGCCGUAGAUGUACCGGAAUUGAGUCACCUGAGAAACUGCAUAGUUUUCUCACAAAAUGGAGACUCGCCAGUAGUCAAUUCUAUGGCUGGAGGUGAUCUAGAUGGGGACGAAUUUUUUGUGUCUUUUGAUGGGCGGUUAAUACCGACAGAGACGUACGAAAGUCUGGAUUAUGACGCCCUGCCAAGGAAAGAAUUAGAUAGGCCUGUAAAUAUUUACGACAUUGCAGAAUUUUUUCGCGAUUUCAUGGAGAACGAUCGGUUGGGGACGAUAUGCAACAACCACUUGACGUUAGCCGAUCAAAAAGACCUUGGAAUAUUUUCCCCGGAAUGCAUCGAGUUGGCCAUAAAGGCAUCCAUGGCCGUGGACUUUAACAAGACAGGCGUUCCUGUCACAGGGCGGUUACCUACGUCCCAGAAGUCUCCUGACUUUAUGGAGAAUCAGACAAAAAUCAAAUACGAAUCCCAGAAAAUUCUGGGGAAACUAUAUCGAAACAUAGAUUUAAAUGAACAUCGUGAUAAUGAAAAGCGAUAUUACAGAAAAUUUCCGAUUAGACCAUUUGAUCGAUUCGUUGAGGACGGCUACAUCGAGUACAUUGAUGAUGCAUUAGCGCAACGAGACAGUUAUAAUCAGGAAGUUCGCAACUUGAUGCAACGAUAUAAGAUAAAGUCUGAACCGGAAGUGUUCGCGGGGAGUCUUUUAAGCGUGAAAACAUGUGGUCGACAUUUGUACGAUGUCAGGGACGCCAUCGCAUCCGAAAUGGCUAUCCGCAUAACCCAUUAUCGAAGAAUUUUCAAAAAGGA